GUGUGAUUUCCAAGUUGCCAGCUCUGGGACUCAAACCGUGGUCUGCCACAUGGAAGUCUAGUUAGUGCCUUAACCACCACAUCACCUUCUGGCCCCGAAACAGGUUGAAUGUUUAAUUUCUUGAGGGAGAGAGCCUGAGAUAAACAGAGAUAGAGACACACACUCUCCUCUGAGCCUUCACAGAGAUAACCCACCCCCAGCCUUCCUGGGGUGCACAGGGAGAUGUCAGUAGGAAGACCUGGGACCUUCACAGGAGGCCUCAAUGUUGGAUGUUGCCGAGCGUGGCUUUACUGUCACACUGCAGGUUUCAGUCUGAAGAUCAUCAAGGAGAAAUGGACAAGGAGGAACUUUGGAGAAACUAAGAGAGCAAAGUAAACUGCAAGAAUAAUUAGCCAGACAGACAAACUCCCUAAACCUCUUUUACUACCCUGAUGUCCCAAGAGUCACGUUUAAAAGUUACAAAAUCUUUGUGGGUUAUGUCAAAGGCAAUUUGUAGAAAGGGCAUAGGAUUCAAGUUCCCUGAAGCCUCUCGGCCUUUUUGAUUAGUAAAAUUGGGAAAAUAACCAAUGUUACCUCCUAGGACUGUAAUUUCAACAAGAGAAACACCAGCAGGUCCUCACAGAAGGAGGGCUGGGGUGCAGUGCCCGACACACUGCCAGUUUUGAAUCUCAGCCCAAUUCGCAGCUCUUCUCUCUGGAGUCAUUUGAGAGCACGUGACUGCGCUGCUCAGGGCUGGAAGGCUGGAGUUAUUACCUGAAUGUGGCUAGACAAUGAAUUAUUUGACAAACACUGACAUUUUAAAAGUAUCCGAAGCCACCCAAGUCUGAGGACAUUAUUAAUACAGGCUCUUCCAUAGGCAGAGCUAUUUUACCAAGAGAAAAAAAAAAAAAGGUCCCAUCUGUGUUCUAAGGUCACAUCGCCUUCAAGAGGUAAGAAGCCCUGACACCUUCGUCUUUGAAGCGCAGGAAUUCUGGAGCGCUCUCGGCACCCUUCCCCUUCUGAUAGGGAUCCAACCGCCCCCCGCACCGCGCGUCACAGACAGUUCCUGGUGCGGGGCCAGCGUGUUUACUUCUUCCGCCCUCCGGCGGGUAGAAAAUCGAGCCCGCGGCAGCCGGGAGGGCUGGCCGGGCGCGCAACUCCGCGGGCGGCCGGGGGACCCUGCGGGGGAAGACCUGCCCUGGGACCGUCUUCGGUGUCCUCGCAGGCAAGCGCGUGUGUCUGAAAUACCGACACGACCCUUCGCUGACUUCUCCGGUGCUAGAGGAGGAGCGGCGAGGGAUCUGGAAGGUUCUGUCUGCUUAGAAAGUUCUCCAGACACCCUCCAUCCCGCCACGGUAGAAGCAGACCUCGCCAAACAAACACCGAAGCAGUUGUGGAAAGGGCGGCGGUGCUGUCUGGGCUGUAGUGAAAUUUCGAGUUGCAAGAAAAGAAGCAGCAGGACCCUCUGUCUUGGAUCACUUCCACUAGACAGGCCCCAGCAGGUUAGCAGACAGCCUCUGGAGCCUUCAGCAUUCUGGUCCCUCCUUGCCACAUUCUUCACUUGGAGAAGCAGAGGGCCUUUGGAAAACAGCUUCUCCAAGGUGCAGCAACAUCUUAAUUUAAUAGAAUCUGGGCUGUAAGCAUCUUGGUGAUUUGUGGAGCUGCCAUCCCUGUCAAUCUUUCCAUUUUCUGGCAUCAAGAAGAUGGGAGUAUUCUGAGAGUUCUUACUACAUAAUGAUGAUGAGCAUGGGUUCUGGUGGGCCAGCCAUGAAAGGGUACCUUGUGGCCAUUUUCCUGAGUGCUGUCUUCCUCUAUUAUGUGCUGCACUGUAUACUAUGGGGAACAAACGUCUAUUGGGUACCACCUCUGGAAAUGCAACAAAGAAAUAAGAUCCAGUCUUGUUUAUCAAAGCCAGCUUUUGCCUCGCUCCUGAGGUUUCAUCCCUUUCACCCUUUUCUGUGUACAGGUGAUUUUAAAAAGCUUGCUUCCUUGUAUGGUAGCGAUAAGUUUGAUUUGCCCUAUGGGGUAAGAACAUCAGCGGAAUAUUUUCGACUCGCUCUUUCAAAACUGCAGAGUUGUGACCUCUUCGAUGAGUUUGACAACGUGCCAUGUAAAAAAUGCGUGGUGGUUGGUAAUGGAGGAGUUUUGAAGAAUAAGACAUUGGGAGAAAAAAUCGACUCCUAUGAUGUAAUAAUAAGAAUGAAUAAUGGCCCUGUUUUAGGACAUGAAGAGGAAGUGGGGAGAAGGACAACUUUCCGACUUUUUUAUCCAGAAUCUGUUUUUUCAGAUCCCAGUCACACUGACCCUAACACUACGGCCGUUCUUAUUGCCUUUAAGCCACAUGAUUUAAGGUGGCUAUUGGAACUGCUGACAGGUGGCAAAAUAAACACUAAUGGUUUUUGGAAGAAACCAGCCUUAAACCUGAUCUAUAAACCUUAUCAAAUCAGAAUUUUAGACCCUUUCAUUAUCAGAAUGGCAGCUUAUGAACUGCUUCAUUUUCCAAAAACGUUUCCCAAGAAUCAGAAACCCAAACACCCAACCACGGGAAUUAUUGCUAUCACACUGGCAUUUCACAUAUGUCAUGAAGUUCACCUAGCUGGUUUUAAAUACAACUUUUCUGACCUCAAGAGUCCUUUGCACUACUAUGGAAAUGCCACCAUGUCUUUGAUGAAUGAGAGUGCAUAUCACAAUGUGUCUGCAGAGCAGCUCUUUUUGAAGGACAUUAUGGAAAAAAACUUUGUAGUCAACUUGACCGAAGAUUGACCUUACAGAAUCAGAAGAUGAUGCUAACAGUGUUAGUUUUAUUUUUAUACUGCAAUUUUUAGUUUAUUUUUAAAUAUGUUGGAUGCACUUGUCGAAUAAUUAUGUAUAUUGUCUGUUGCUGCCUGGUGAGUCAUAACCACCAGCUUAAUGUCUGUGAAUAUAUUUAAUUUAUGGAAACUAAGAAAUGUUUAAAUAUCAGGGAAAUAAGUCUUGAUUGUAUUAUUUUAAAAGUAAGCUGAUUUUCUGAGGUGUUUUUAUACAUCUUUUUAUAUUUAGUUCACCUUGGGCUUCUGAAGGUAUGUGACUUCCUAAUAAUUAAGGGGAUGUAGUUUACCACAAAUAUUUUUGCUAUCAUGUGACAUUUUGAGAGGAGUAUGUGAUUCCUGAAAAUCUUGCUAGGGGGUGGGGGGUGGGGGAUGGCCUGUGAUUGUGCCUCGAUGUAGCAAACUGGAACUAUUUGGCAAUGGAGACCUAAGUUUCUUUCACCCUGUAAUUCAUAAAAAGCAUGACUAUGAUGAAUAAUUUGGUAGAACAAAGAUGACCUUUUCAGUUAAAAGAAUUACACUAAACAUAACAUUCUGGAUGAAUAAAGAAUUCAGUGACUAAG